ACAUCCGUCGUGUUCAGUGAAAACACUGAAAAGCUCAAAGUGCAGCUCAUUGUAUUGUAACCCAAUUAGGGUAGCCAACGGCACUGCACAAGGAGAAAGGGAAAGGCAAUGCUUCAAGCACAUCGGUAGCAUUCAAAUAGAGCUGCAUUUACAAGCCAGGUAAACCAAUAUUCAAGCUUUUACUUCUCAAUCCAAUGCUUCGUUUAGUCUGCACAAAACAAAAGCACAGAGCUUCACCAUUUCCGUUCAGCCAUGGCUACUUCUUGUUUUCAACCUCCAUUCGCAAACCCAUCAAAGUGCUCUCGAAUUUAACAGACCAACAAUCUUUUACAGUCUCUUACCUCCAAAAAUCAUGUGGGUUGUCCUCAGAAUCAGCAAUUUCACUUGCCAAGAAGCUCCAGAUUGAGGCCACACACAACCCUGACUCGGUUCUGAGCCUGUUUAAAACUCACGGGUUAACUCAGAGCCAUAUAAAAAACCUAAUCACGAAACGUCCAGGAUUGCUUUUAGCUGAUUUAGACACUAAACUUGGGCCCAAUAUGAAGUUGUUUGAGUCUUUGGGAUUUUCAGGCGCUAGCCUUGCCAAAAUGCUUAGUAAACACCCACGAGUGCUUGAGAGUGAUGCUCAAACGGUGUUUGAGCUCUUUAGAAGUCAUGGUUUCAGUGAAAAGGAUAUAAAAAACUUGACCAUGAGGCUUCCUAAAUUGUUUAUAUACGAUGCAAAGAAGACUAUAAAGCCAAAGAUCGAGUUUUUGAAAUCUUUGGGGCUUUCAGAGCUUCACAUUGCCAAAAUUUUAUCCAAUGAGCCUUAUGUUCUAACAAGGAGCCUUGAAAAGCACAUCAUUCCAAGUGUUCAAGCGCUUAUGCGGUUUCUUGGCCGUGAUGUGAGUGCCUCAAAGGCUAUAAAGGGAUGCCACCGGAUGCUUGAAUUUAAUUUGGAAAAGGUACUUGACCCGAACGUAUCAAUCUUUAGGAGCCAUGGUGUACCUGAGUCACUUAUUGUGAAAAUGUUCUUAAUUAAUCCAAGAACGUUGCUUCUGAGGGGUUCUAGAGUUAGUGAGAUUAUUGGUGAUGUUAAAGAGUUGGGGUUUGAUCCCAACGAAGUGCUAUUUGCUCUAGCUGUUUGUACCAUGGCAAGGAUGAGUAAGGCAUUGUGGGAGCAGAAGUUGGAAACCUAUAGAAGUCUAGGUUUGUCAAAAGAUGAGAUUUAUUCAGCAUUCAGAAAGCAACCCAUGUGUAUGAUUAAUUCGGUGAAGAAGAUCCACAAGUUGAUGUCUUUCUUCAUGAAUAAAUUGAAUAUGAAGCCAUCGAUGAUUUCCAAGAAUCCAGACCUUUUACUGCUUAGCUUGGAGAAGAGAAUUAUUCCUAGGUGCUCAGUUCUACAACUUUUGUUGUCACAAGGGUUCAUAAAGGAAGAUGUUAACUUUCCUUAUGUGCUCAAGAUGACUGAUAAGUUUUUCAGGCAGAGAAUUUUGAGCAAGUAUGAAGCAGCGGUUCCUGAUAUUGUCAAGGCAUACGAAGGCGAGAUAGAAUUUCAAGGGUUUUCGAGUUCCUUUAAUGUGUAAGUAACUAACUAUGAUGGAAUUGAAUGAUUGAGCCAGUUUUGACUCCUGAAGGAUCCCAAGUUUAUUGACUUCACCAUGUUGGCUGUGGAUGCUGAUCUUUACUCCGUGGUUGAGAAGUAAAAGGGAGCAAAAGCAAAAUAUCCAUUGCUGCAGCUUUUGUUACAGUUUAGUCCAGUUUAGUCCACUGGUUAAUGCUGAGAACUUGAGAUGGAUCGGCAUCUGUAGCACUAAACCAUGUGAGCUUGUUUGUGGUAGUUUGUGUAUGGAUACUGGGAAUUGCACUGAGAGUGAUUUCUUAAAUGCUGUGAACCCACUGGUAGACAUCAUAUGUGAGACUGCAAAUGUCAAGUCAUUCAAGGGCGUCCAGGUUUUUGAGGCCUUGAGAUCAGUUGUCUAGGUUUUUGGUUGGGGCUUGUAUAAAUUCAUCUAAUCCCUGCCCUCCCGAUCAAUUUAGUUGAGGCUCGUAUUAUUUUUCCAAUAAUAUUCCCAUAUUGUGGCAUUCGUCAUGUUUAUAAAAAUUCAGCUGUGUGGCGAAUCCCAUGGCACCUUGGUAGUGUGUGCAUGAGAAUUCCUCUCCUCCCACGGCACCUUAGACUC